AUGGUGGGCACCAAGAACACCACGUAUGCCGAGGAGAGCGCUGAAGUUGAAGUGCUCUAUGCCAAUCUCGACAAGCUCAAAAUAUUGACAAAGAAGAUUCAAGGGUCUCUUGAUCGCCUGGAGACAAGCGGGAAAGUGGUCAAAGAUGCCAUCGGUCCCAUUUACAGCAAUACGCAGACCCUACAAAUUACCAACAGCAACAUCGAUCGAGUGAUUGAGGCUAUCGACAAGCUCCGGAAGCCGCUGGAUGCGAAAGGCAAAGAGGAGGGAAUUAUACGGGCUGGACCCCAAAGUGCAGGUUUAUCACAGUAUCUUGCUGCCUUGAAACGAAUCGAUUACGCUCUUCAGAAUCUAAAUGCGACCAAUUUAAAAUCGAACCAACAAGCUAUUACAGAGUUUUCGUCACUACUGAAUUUUGGCUGCCAGAAAUUGCAGGAUCUAUUUCGGUCAACGCUGAAGCAACAUGUGGAGACGAUUGAACCGUUGCACUACCUUACAAAACAACUUCCUUUCCCCGCAAUUCCCGAAGAUACCCUUGCCGAGCUCGCACCGAUUGCAGGUGCUAUCACAUCCGCCGCUGCUCAGUUACCGCAACGCGGGUCAGAAGAUCCAGCUGUAACCAUUUACGCCGAAACACGCGGGCCAUAUAUUACAUCGAGCUUGCAAAAUCUUGCAAUGGCGUCUAUCAGCACAGCCAAACGCCGCCCGGUCGAUGGACCGUAUAAGCAGGGCACGAAUGGAAUUGGAGUCUAUUCUAGUGCAUUGGAAGGCUUUAUUGUGGUUGAGCACGAGGGUAUUGUCCGGAUAUUCACAGGAGAAAACCAAGGGCGAGCAUUGCAGGCUACAUGUCGGUCAUCGCUGGCCGAAUUCUCAAAGACCCUUCGAGAGCUCAAUCAGUACAUCAAGUCUAAUCUAAUGACUGACUGCUUCCUUGCUUUUGAAAUUAUCGAGAUUGUGACUGCAAUGUCAUACAGAAUUGAUGCCAAGACCGGCGAACUCAAGAGUCUAUUUAUUGAAGCUCUACGCCCAAUCCGUGAAACAGCAAAGUCCUCGCUAUCGGAGCUUUUGGAGGAGACAAAGAGAAAGGCCGCCGCAUAUACAGUUCUCCCACCGGACGGCGGGACCGUGCCGUUGGUGAACGAAGUGAUGAGCUCUUUAACCACACUAACAGGCUAUUCUGGACCUCUAGCCUCUAUUCUUACGUCACUGGGUGAUGGGAAUUGGCGAUCCAGGUCUCAGUCCGCUAGCACAACGCCUUUGGACGUCAGCCCGGACAGCCAGACAUUAUUUUCUCAUUUCAUUCUUGACAUGGUGGAAGCCCUGAUUAGCUCACUGGAAGCUCGCGGUCGGGCAUUCUAUCGUUCGAAAGCAGUUUUGGGAGUGUUUAUUUCAAAUACCUUCUGUGUUGUGGACAGAUCUAUACGGGCCAGUUCAGAUCUCUCGCGCUACCUCGCCAGUCCAGAUAGUAUUGCCAGGAUUGAUGCCUUCCGGAAACGUGGUACAUCAGCCUACCUUGAAGCCUGGCGUGAGACGAAUCAAUAUCUUCUCGAUGUGCAGUAUACUUCUCGAGGAGGACCUCGUCCAUCGUCUACCGCACCAUCAGACUCUGCUCAGGUCAUCAAGUCACUCUCUUCCAAAGACAAAGACGCGAUCAAGGAGAAAUUCAAAUCUUUCAAUGCCACGUUUGACAGCCUGGUUGCUCAACACCGACAGCUUUAUAUGGAGCGUGAAGUACGCGGAGCACUUGGCCGCGAGGUGCAGGCGGUUUUGGAGCCGCUUUAUGUUCGUUUCUAUGACCGAUAUCACGAAAUUGACAAGGGACGAGGGAAAUAUGUGAAAUAUGACAAGGCGGCAUUUUCAGCUCAGCUUGCAGCUCUAUCUUAGACUGGUAAUGUUUAAUAAUCUAAUAUCAAUUCUUUCUACAUCUCG